CGCCUCUUAGAUACCAAGACAAAAAGUCCUCAACCAAACUGACAGUUUGGAGCAGACUUUGCUUAAACCUCUUCGGUUCAGUUGAGUAUUUCUCCUCCCUUCACGCUUGUGAAAAAGAAAAUAUAUCCUAAUUUUGCUACAUUUCUCAUUGGAUUGCUGCUCACAAGAUUGAGGCCUACAUUUAACACAUCAAUAAGUUUUCCGGUGCCAGAUAAUUGCUGUAUAUUGAAGGCCUUGGGAAUUUAGCAGCUAAGAGAGUCAGAGUGGAACAUUGGAAAAUGUUUAUCACAGUGAAAUUUGGGGGUAAGUACUAAGAGAGGUGACAGGUGUUUCCUUUGCUUUUCAUACUUAAGUCUCUCCUCUCGAUGCUGGGGUAACAGAUUUGACUGUUUCUCCUUUGUAUUGUGUACAGAUAACCUGAAUGCUUUACUCUUCCACAGAAGAUCAUCAAAUUUUACUGAACCCCAACUGCAAGUUAGUUAACCUGAUAGAAAGCCUGAAGGAGCAGUGCCAAUGUGGACCUGAUGGUAAGUGAAAGGCCACAGGGUGGGUACAAUAUGGGAUCAUGGGAUGGUGUGAACAAUUAAAUGAAAUGGGGUAAACCCCAGUUUUACAAAUUACUCCACUAAACACUAUCCAUGUGAAGAAAUGCAAUUUAGUGCCACACCACAGAAUAUAUCAGAUUGGCUCUUCCAUCAGUAGACAUUCCCAGUCUGAUGAAGGCCCGCUGACAGAAACAUUACUCUGAUAUCUUAUGGGGUGGUGCUAAUAAAAUAUGAAUUCUAUUUCUGGAGUCAUCCUAUAGACUGUAAGCUCCUUUGAGCAGGGUCCUGAUCUACCAAUUGCUCCUGUGUCAUUGUGGAAUUGUCUCACUUAAUGUAAAAUUUCCCUCUUUCAUAAUAUUGCAAAGCGCUGCGGAAUUAGUUGGCGCUAUAUAAAUACCAAUAAUAAUAAUUUGCAGAAUUGUGGAGGCUAACAGGAGUGUCUGUGGAUCACUAACUCUAGGCAUGAGUAACUUCCUGGGUAUGUUUUGUUGUGCUGUAUCCACAAGCUGUAUAUGGGGUAAAAUGCAAGCCUCAUUGGCAAGUAUACAUAUGCAUUAAAGUAUAAAGGUUAUCAAUCCGAGAUAUUAAUCUUCUUAUCUUUAAUUCUAUUGUCCAGUACCUUGGAACACUAAAGAAGAGUUUUCUUCUAAUCUACUAACUAACAUUGUAUAGGUGGGAUUGGAAUCUAAUAAACAAUAUUUGUGUUCAAUUUCUGUAAAAUAGAACACAAAUAUUGCAAUACUCACUACAUUAUUACUUAACACUCCAAGCACUGUGUGACUUGUCUAUGAAUACAUGAAGGGACAACUAUUAAGACCAGGCAGAGGAGCCCUGUUUUUGAACAGUCUCUGAAUGUGUUUUCUUUUUGCUUUCAAUAAAUCUAGGGUUAAAUCCUUUUUGACAGUCCUCACAUGUCAUUUGGCACUUAAGGCACUCGAGUUGUAGUGCCUUAUUCUUUUGUUUUCUCUGUCUGUUUCACUAGAUACCUUGUGAGUAUUGUAACAUAUUACAUUAUGUUUAGGUUGAUAUAAAAAAGGUAAAGUAAGCCUAGAUAAUUAAAAUUUAAUUGUGAUGCUUCUAAAUCUGCUGAAAAAUGGCACGUACAGCCCCAUUUACUUCCUAAUGUUCCUAAUGUUUGUAUCCAAGCAAGAUUUGUUUCUUGCUUAAUGUAAACAAAAGAUAAUUGACGUCGUCAUUGCUAUUCAGCUUUGUUUAGUUUCUUAUCACCUUUUAUCUUAAUUUGAAUUUGCCUUUACACACUCCCCCAAAUCCGUUUCCUGCUCACUCCCAACUCUUUCAACUCUUUCAACGUAACUUUUCUCUCAAAAUUCUGGUCAUGUUUUUAUCCAUUUAUCACAGUGGUUAAGUGUUUUGUUAAUAUUUCAGUUUCCAUAGAUCUCCUAGAUGAAUCAGGGAACCUUAUCAAUCUCAGUGAUCUUGAAGGAUCCCAAGACAUUGCCACAAAUCACCUGCAUGAGCGACAAUGCUAUGUAUUGGUCAAGGUCAUCCGUAAGUCUACAUACAAUUGUUUCAGAAAGUUACAAUUAUAUCAGUUACUGUAAAUUUGGUAAGCUAUUAAAAUAUUUGUUGACAAAAAUAAUAAAGAGGUUUGAAUUAAAAGUAAAUUAAUUAUUGGGACACUAUAGGCCCCAGUACCACUACAAGUGACUAUGUGGAAAAUGGUAUUUCUCAAAAGCCCAAGAAGUGUAAAUGCUGCCUUUUCUGAGAAGAAAUGGUGCUUCCACUGCUGCCUCACUCAGACAGCCACUAUAUGAACUUCAUAGGUCCCUGAAUGCUCCUCAUAUAGAUGCAAUAACUCUUUGAGGAGAUUCUGAUUGGCUCUAUGCAGCAAUGUGCUGCGCAUGCACACUAGCCUCCCAAACUUAAUUUCAGGUCAAAAUAGUUCAACUCGAAAUAUUCUCCAAGUCAGCUAUGCUUCCAGAUUCGCUGUGUCAUGACUCUAACUGCCUGUAUGUGUGUGAAAAUGUUUUCCAUCCACUCAGUCUCUAAUACACUCUCUGCUUUGAAGGAGGAGAAGGAUCAGAACCAGCACGCUAUGAGUCACUGCUGGAGAACUUGUGGAAACGGUCUCCAGAGUUAGCAGGUGAGCAAUCAAGCAAUUGUAUAGGUUUGAAAUGUUCUUGAAUCUCUCUUGAUGGGUGAGCUUGCAUAAUAUCAUGCAUUAUAGUAACCUUUCUCGGUGAGUAUUUGCAACUAUCAAUAUCAAGCAUAGCUUCCCUUUUCUAUAACAUUGUAUAAAAUAUAGGAUGAUAUUUUGUCUUACAAUUUUUUUCUAUGAAUAUGUUUCCUAUAAAUGUAGCUCUGACUAGUAUAGUCAGUAUUUACUGUAUUUUAUGUCUGAUUAUGUUGCAGAGCGCCUGCAGAAAUUGUCCAAUCCGAAUAUGAAAGAUAAGUGGCGCAACCCUGUUCAUAAAAAAAUCCGUGCCCCCAAGGAAGCAGCAUUUACUUCCUCUACCAGGAGUCGAUUGUCAUCUCAACAAAAGAGCCGUCUAUCUUGAAAGUUGAUCCAUUUAUCGGACAGGAAUCAAGUGGAAUUAAUAAGGACUUCCUCUUGUCAACGAGUAAUACAGGAGCUGUAACAUUAUAUCAGAAGUCCGGCCCUUGUAUAUUAAUAUUUUAAUGUGAAUGCAGAACUAAGACAGAGUGAGUGAAGCUAAGGUGGUUCAGGCUUGGAAUUGACCAGAGGAAUAUACCCAGUAUUCAUCUCAGGAAGUUAGAUGUUAGGGAUUUGUGUUUUCAUCUGAACUAAGGAGGAAUUUUGCAAAAAAAAAAACUAUGGUAUGUUCAACUAAAACAGGCUUCCCCAAACUUCGGCCCUCCAGAUGUUGCUGAACUACAACUCCCAUGAUUCUCAGCCUAUUUCAUUCAUAGAAUCAUGGGAGUUGUAGUUCAGCGGCAUCUGGAGGGCCGGAGUUUGGGGAAGCCUGAACUAAAACAUGCAGCUUUUCAUAAAUUCUCUGACAAUUAUGAGAUAAAUCACUUUGUUUAUGCAGCCUUAGCCACAACUCCUCUGGAUUCCCUCCUGCUCUAUUAAAGAAACACUGAAUGUUUUGUUUUCUUUUAAGCAAUUUAGUAAAUAUAAUCCCAGAGAAAAAGUGCAUAUUAUUUUUCUGCAUGUUUUAUAAUUUUAUAUGAAAACACAGCUUGCAAAAGGUGCAAAAGGUGCAGACCUGCCACAUGCAUCUUUUGCAAGUCCUCCUCUAUAUUGCAGGCACAGAUUUCCACUGGGUUUUUAACUAAAGUCUGAAUGUGGAAAACCCAUUUGGCUGCAUAUUUAACUAUUCAGAGUGCGAAACCCAGAUAUUGUUCACACUAUUUAACAAUUUUGCAGUUCAGUCUCCGAACCGGCCUGAAUUUGGUCCACAUUUCAGCUGGACCCGGAACAAAUGCUGAAAUUCAGACCUGAAUAUUUCACGUCCGAACCCAGUCCUGGAUGCUUCAAACCAGCUCCCAGAUUUAAAAAAAGUCAAACUAUUUGCUUCCUGGGUAAAAAGCAGGUGAAUAAUAAUAAUUUAUGAAUGUGUCUGGACGUUUUGUGAAUCAUUUGAAUUCAAUACUUUGUAUUCGAUUCAGAUGUGAAAGAACAGACUUUAAUCCAAACACCAAAUGCAUCUGGGCGAUUACUGCAAAUCCAUUCAGCCCAACCAGAAUUAGUUUUAGUAAAUAUGAGAAUUGCCAGAAUAUGUCCAUUUGCAGUGGGUUUUGUCCAUCUGGACAAAAUCCUAUGUUUGGUGAUUAACCCUAUAUAUUUGCGCUGGGAUAUACAGCAUUCAGAGGC